GCAGAAUGAUGACGUAGGAGAUGCACUUGGUAGCGUGUUUGAAGUGGGAUUGAGUUUAGUGUUCAUCACCUUGUUCUUCAAUACCUUUCGAUCAGAACUAGUCACUUUUGUUUUAAUUUGCUGUCCACCUAACGCUUAGUUUUCCACCGGUUCCGUCCUUUACUUCCGUGGUGUUUGAGUUCUCCCCCUUUUAUUAGGAAACAAACUUGGAUCAAGGAAUGGCUGAUCCCAGCCUCGCCGCCAAAGACAAGUAUUUUCAGAUUUUGGGAAGCAAAGUGUGCGCAUCCCAGAACCAGGAACCUCGUAAACGAAAGCUGGUUUCGAAGAACGAGAUCUCAGAAGGUAUGACCCAACCUAAAAAGAAGAAGAAAAGAAGAAAGGAAGCUCCUAAGGAGUUGAAAAAUGUUCAACCAAUGAGUGGGGGUCAGCCUAAAACUGUUCAAGGUGGAGUGAAAAUGGACAAAAUCAAGAAAAAUACCAGAGUCAGCGAAGUGGACACAAGCUCGUUUUCAACUGUAAACAUUCUUCGUCAGAGACUACAUGAGAAGAUCCAAGAAAGCCGUGGGCAGUGUAAUCCAAAAGGCUUGCUUCCUGAAGAAUUAGAGAAGAAACGUCUGCACAGGAAGCGGGAGAGGGAAAAGAAAAAACAGAAACGGAAAGAGAUGCGAAUGAAGAAAGAACAUAAAAUUGUCCAGGAAGAUAGUACUGCACCAAAGGCUGAAGAUACAGAGAAAAAUGACAUGUCCAAGAAAGCGGAAAAUCAACUGCUUUUCAAUAAAGUAGACGUGCCAUCUGAGGUAGUUAAAGACAAAAAGCUGAAAAGAAAAGAGAAACGGCAGAAUACUAAAGGUGGCAUCACACCUCUCACUGGCAAAAACUACAAGCAACUCUUAUCUAGACUGGAAGCCCAAAAGAAUAAGAUUGAAGAGUUGAAGAGUAAAGAUGAAAAUAAAGCAAAAGAAGUUGAAACAAAGAUGAAGUGGACCAAUGCUCUGUAUAAGGCGGAGGGCCUGAAAAUCAAAGACAAUGAAGAAUUGCUGAAAGCGUCACUAAAGAGAAAAGAAAAACACAAAGCCCAACGACAGAAGAACUGGGAAAAGCGAACAGAACACCUUGUUGAAAAGAUGCAACGUCAUCAAGAUAAGAGGAAAAGAAACAUCAUGAAAAAGAAACGAGCCAAGGUAGAAAGGAAAAAGGACAAGGCAAGAAAGAAAGGACGUAUUCUACCUGAAGAUUUAAAAAAAGCAAAUCUUUGAGAAACAAGAGUUGAAUUUCAUGUUACAUUAAAAUAGCCUCAAACCCAUGGUGCGACCAAUUUUUGUGAAGCGUUAAUGUAUAAUGGUGUUGCUCAUUAGUAUUGUAUUUGCUGUACUAUAUUGAGUAAAGGAUCUUGGCACUGUUUAAUAUCUGAUUUUGUAUUAACAUUAAAUAUUCCACGGUUCUAUAAA